CAAUAUAUGGCCCCGCCCCCCCCCCCCCGGCUGACGUCUACGUCACCGUCCCCCCCUCUCUUUCUAUAAAAGCUCGAGCCGAGCCGUUGACUCCAGCAAGAAGCACCGCUGAUAUAUCCGUUACGGACGUUGGAGGGUUACAUUUACCCAAAACUUGUUUUCCAAUGGGUCCCGUCGCCUAGCGUUUCCUCCCCCAGCCUCGCCGACUGACUGAGUUGAAUUGGGUGCUACUGAACAUCAGCACGUCUGGGUCCCUAACAAGGUUUCCAUCAAGCACAGCGUACAGCGACCCAGCUACAGUAGAAUGGCAGCUAUUCCAGCAGGCGGCUCGCUGGUGGCGACCACUGACUACUACCGGAGGCGCAUCGGCUCUACGUCCAGCAGCAGCUCUUGCGGCAGUUCGGAGUACAGUGGCGAGGUCAUCCCUCACCAUCCAGGACUCCCCAAGCAGGACUCUGGUCAUUGGUGGUCCAGUUUCUUCUUUGGGAAGCAGCCAGGGAUGACCCCACUGACCGAGGAGGCACAGCAGAAGGCGGGGGUCCGAGGCACGCUGACGAAUGGUCAGAUCACCUGCGUUGCCAGGGAGAUGGUGACGCAACGCCAGGUGAGCGAGAGCAGCGAGGCGGGAAGCCCCACCUCCUCCUGAUCCUGCAGUCUCACUCUGAUCCACGCCACACCUUGGAGGGGGGGGGAAUCAAACCAGCGACCAACGCUAGGUGACGGGAGGUUGUCCCAUCUACAACCUUCUUAUUAUUAUUUUUUAUAUUAUCAUUCAUUGUAGUUACAGGCUGCCUUACUUGUUUUUGUUCCUGCAACCUUGUUUUUUUUUUUUUUUAGAGAAAAAAACAAUAAAAAUAAAAAAAAAAUAGUCAAUGAUGCAACUGAUGAGUUCCAUGUGUUGUUGUUUUUUAAGCAUUUGUACUGUGUUUGUAAUACUGUGUUACAUUGACACAUCCACAUGCCUUUUGUUAGACAUUUUUCACUUUUGUCUCCCUGUGAUUGCAAAAAUGCAAUAAAGUAGACUCUUGCAGCCUAA